AUGGACACCGCGACCUCCGAGGACUUGGACGACGAGGCUGAGAAGGAGGAGUCUAAGGAGGAAGAAGGGGGUCGUGCGGCCAAGGCAGAGACGGCAGCCGAGGGAGAGGGAGAGGAGGAAGAAGAAGAUGAAGAGGAGGAGGAAGAAGAGGACCAAGUUGACUUUUAUAUGGAUGAUCGAAUGAGUGAGAUGAAGACGGUGGCUAACCUCUUCGCUAAUGCUCAUGGCAUCCUGAACAACUCGAAGGAGUUUACCAACUAUUCCAUCACCCUAGUUUCUACAGGGGAGCAAAGAGAUGGGGAUGAAGAAAAGCAUAGAGGGGAAGGGAAGGAAAUGGGCUAUAAGGAUGGAGAAGAGGAAGAGAGAGAUAAGGACGAAGGAAUGGAAGAGGCAAAUAAGGAUGAAGAAAAGGAAGAGCAAUAUUAG